AUGGGAGGCGUUUGUUCUUGUGGUUUCAAAGAUGAUGACAAGAAGCUAAGAUCCACCACCGAUGAUGAUGAUGAUAAUAAGUCAAGAGGCUUCUCCGGGAAACUCAAGUCCAUGAGAAGAAGAAAAACCUCUGAUUCUUAUUAUUCAGAUAACAACUACGGAAACGAAAGCUCAAAGCGGAGAAGUUCCAAGCCUAAUGAAAAAUUCUUCAACUUUUCCGGUGAACUCCUGCCUAUGCCUCCAUUGAGGACCGACUCUACCAAGUUUAUGCAGAGGAACUCUUUUCUGGGGCGUGCUGGGGUUAUGGGGCUAGAGAAGGCGGUUGAGGUUCUGGACACGCUAGGGAGCAGCAUGUCUGGUAUGAACCCGGGAAACGGAUUUCACUCUGGUGUUACGUCGUCACGCGGUGGCAAAGUCACUAUAUUGGCCUUUGAAGUGGCCAACACGAUAGCUAAAGGUGCUGCUCUGCUGCAAUCUCUCUCUGAAGAGAAUCUCAAGCUCAUGAAGAAGGAUAUGUUGCGCUCCAAGGGAGUCAAGAAGUUGGUUUCUACUGAUACCGCAGAGUUGCAAAUUCUUGCUGCUUCUGACAAAAGGGAGGAACUUGAUCUUUUCUCUGGAGAGGUGGUCAGGUUUGGCAAUAUGUGCAAAGAUUUGCAGUGGCACAAUCUUGAUCGAUAUUUUGAAAAGCUUGACACAGAGAACGCACAGCAUAAACUGCUCAAAGAUGAGGCAGAGGCAAGGAUGCAAGAGCUCGUCGCUCUUGCCCGAUUCACUUCUGAAUUAUAUCACGAGUCGCAAGCUUUGGAUAGGUUUGAACAAGAUUACAGGAGAAAGCUAGCAGAAGUAGAGUCUUUAAACCUCCCUCGGAAAGGAGAGAGUAUCAUCAUCUUACAAAAUGAACUGAAAAACCAGAGGAAACUCGUGAGGAGCUUACAGAAGAAGUCUCUCUGGUCCCGGAAUCUGGGAGAGAUAAUUGAGAAGCUUGUGGAUGUUGUUUGCUAUAUAUGUCAGACGAUUGUGGAAGUUUUUGGCAACAAUGGUCUACGAGAGAAUGGAGGGAAGCAGGGACGAGAACGAUUAGGUGAAGCUGGUCUUUCGUUACACUAUGCUAAUCUAAUCCAACAAAUCGAUAGUAUUGCGUCUCGGCCUUCAUCACUACCUUCUAAUGUAAGGGACACCCUGUACAAUGCUUUACCUGCUACCGUCAAGACAGCUCUUCGUCCUCGGCUUCAAACUCUUGACCCUGAGGAAGAGCUAUCAAUAUCUGAGAUCAAAGCUGAAAUGGAGAAGUCGCUUCAAUGGCUUGUCCCAUUCGCCACAAACACCACCAAGGCACAUCAAGGCUUCGGUUGGGUAGGCGAGUGGGCAAAUUCAAGGAUAGAGUUUGGGAAGGGAAAAGGAGACAACAGCAGGAAUCCAACACGACUUCAAACGCUUCAUCACGCAGAUAAACAAAAAGUUGAUUCAUAUGUGCUCGAGCUCGUUGUAUGGCUUCAUCGACUAAUGAAGUCAUCAAAGAAACAAGUUCACGGCGUGAAGCUUCAGGAAACCAACCAUCAUGGCUCUCAUCAAACCAACGACAUGACCAUCUCCAAUACGCAACUAUCUCUCUCCCCUGACUUCACCUACAAAAACCAGCUCUCUCUAGAAGACAGGUUGCUGUUGGACAAUGUCGAGAGCAAAAGAUUUCGUCCUAAUCUAAGCAAGAGUCAGGAGUUUUUCGGCUUGAAGAAGAACAAGAAAGGAAUCAAGAUCUGGGCAUUGAGCAGAAGUACAGGGAACUCUCCAAAAGUCGAUCUUUCAGGUGACAACUCUUCUAGUGAUUUGGAUGUUCUUGAUGGUUUGGAUUUCGAUUUCCGACGCUAA